AUGCCUUCUCGUUCGUCUGGGAACGCUAUGGGCAAAAAUAGCAGUGGCAGUGAUAGUAGCGGUAGUAGCACUAUAGUAACCACCGAUCAAAAUUUUACGACAACACUCUCAGAUCCUACUAUUAACAGCAACAAUAAAUAUAUACUUAAGAAACAACAAUUAUUAUCAAUACUAUCCUCGUUUGGAUCUGAUGCUUCUGAUAACAGUAGUACUGGUAGUGCUGUUGAUCUAAGUGAAAUUUUGUUACAUAUUAUUAAUAAUAAUACCGAUAGUACUGAAGACAAUAAUAAAAUUGAACAUAUUAGCAUUGUAAUAAUAAGAGAUUUAUUAUUGAUGUUGCAUAAUAAAUGUGGUGAACUUAUAAAUAGUUCUUCCACCAGUGUUGAUAAUACUGUUUUCAAUUUGGUUUAUUUAUUAAUAAAAUUGUUGUCGAAAAUUAGCCUUGAUGGUAUUGACCAAAAUAUCAACGACAGCGCCAUAUCUAAAAUUUGGGGUGAGAAAACUUUAUUCACACUCAAUGGCUCCUUAACUCCAUUCAAUGCUUUUGACCUCAGAAUUAUUCAGCUGUUUAAUAAUUCUGGAGACACGUUUUCUAUUGGUUUGUUGGCUGUUUUUUUCAUAACACAUAAAGAAUUAAGGAAAUACUUACCACCGCAAUCAAACAUUAGCAAAAAUAAUGAUAAUAAUAACAAAGGUUCCAUUGGAUUUUUACAAAUUUUAAAUAUCUUACAAUUGUUUCCCUCAGUCGACUACGAUUUAUUAAAAUAUUUAAACCUGGGUAAUUUGAACGAUUUGUUCAUUAAUCAAUGGAUAUACGACUAUCAUCUAGUCCAUGACAGUGACACCAUCACAUUGCUAUUCAUGACCAGAACGUUAAAUGCUAUUAGUCAAAAAAAUGAUCUAGCCUUUAUUGAUUUUAUAAUAGUUUUGAUAUUACCUAAAUUGUGUUCUGAUAAUAAAAAUAACAAUCUUUCCACUUUGCAAGUUAACCAGGGGGCUCUGGAAUUGUUUAAUUAUGUCAAAUUUAAAUUGUGCAAAAGAGCAGUUCAACAAAGUGGUGGUAGUAAUAUAAUUGCACCAGCCGAUAUGAAAAACUAUACAGCGUUUCUCGUUACUCGUUAUGAUAUGGCAAAUGAUAAAAAACAAGACUGUAUCUUAACAAAUAUGACCCCUGUCAACAGCUUGAAAACCUUUUUAGAAGUUAUUGAUCAUCCAGAAACCGAUUUUUUAGAAAAUCCAUAUUUUACGUUCUUGAUCAGAUUAGCAUAUUCCAACCUAUACCAACUGAGUUUAAACCAAAAAAACUAUAUGCUGGAAACCCAUAAUACCUUAAUUGAUAUUCUGAAAAGUACUUUGAGUAUGCCCGCCGUUUUAAACAUGUCUAAUUUUGUCCUAAUUGAUUAUUUAAUUAAAAUAACCAGUGUGGCCACAGCCGCUGGGAGUAGUUGCGUUAUUGGGGACAGUCAUACCUCGAUAAUGAAGGAGUUUAAAGAAAAAAUUCUAUUUAAAAUACCACCCAUUUCUAGAUCGUUGUUUACCUUUGGAACCAAUAAAGUUGAGUUGCUUGGUGAGAGUAGCAAUUUUAGUGAGCUAACUGAACUAUUAAUUGAAUCUUUAAGUCUAGGUUUAUCCACUCUUAACAACUUAUUGGAGAUUUAUCAAGCCUGUAACAUACAAUUGUUUUCAGUGGACAUUGCCAGGGACGGGGAACCUCCUUCUGAAAACAUCAGCACCAGCAUAAAAUUUAAAGAGUGUUAUGAGUUUUGCGAAUUAUUUUUCAUUCCCAUAACUUCAGUGUUAAUGUUGCUAAGUCAAUUGCAGGAUAAUUUAUAUCCUGUUUUGGCAGGUACUGCCGUUGGUAAAGUUGAUAUUUGGAUCCGUGAAUUGACUAUUUUAACGACUAAAAUUCUGGAGAAAAUCAUUAUCAAUGGAGGACAUAUAGCGUUGUACAGCUUUGUUAAAUUUAUUUCUAAAUACUCAUUAAAGUCUUUGUCCGUGAAAGAUCAAUCUUUGAGAUUUUUGAAUCAUUUAUUCUUUCAUAACAAAGACAAUGUAUGUUUGAAUAUGUGCAAUGAAAACGAGCUAACAAAGGAAAUAGUUGUUAAAUAUAUUGAAUUGUGGAAUGAUGGAAGUCCGAUUUUCUUUACCUUUUACGAUAAGAUUGUGGGUAGGCCAUUAUUAAGUGGUAGCACUAAAAGGUUUACCAUGCAGGAAUUGUUGCUUAAGUAUGAUUCCCGAUUUAAAAAGUCGCUGGAAUUGUUGACAGAAUGUCAAGCGAAAGGUAGCAAUGCAAAUGAAAAUAUAAUUUUAUCCUCUUCUCCGGUUUCGUCUCCACUUCAACAAAAAAUGAACAUGUACUCGCAAAGUGAUGCUAAUAAUACUUCAAGUACAAUAGGAUCUUUUGCGAACGAUAUUCUGGAUGGUGGUAACAACAAUCCAAUAUCAAUCAAUAAAUUUAAUAGAAAUGCCACAUCUUUUAUUCCUAGUUCACCUUCAAAGAUGAGUGGUGUUAGAUCCAUAAGUAUUUCAGGUUUGCCAGCGGUAAACUCGUCUUACUAUGGUGGUAGCAAUAAUAAUAUUAACAAUAGAAAUAACAUGCGCACAAUGUCGUCUAAUAUAAACCCCAACCACACGAUUGAGGGGCUAAUUACUAAUCCUAAUGUUAGCGGUGGUGGCCAUCAUAUGAAUAAUGACAUUGGUGGAUUUUCAGGCAAUAAUAGAAAUAAUAUACAACUAAGAUCGCCAGUAAGAAGUGUAAGUAAUGUCAGUCACGGUGCUAACAUGAUGUUAUCUUCGAUAAACACUGCAUCGCAUAUAACUGGAGAAUCGUCAUCUAUUCUGUUGCCAUCAGAACAUGUUGGAAAUAGUAAUAAUAAUAAUGGUAAUUGGAUGGCAGCAUAUGCCAAUAACAUGAAUAGUACCCCGACCUCGGCCACUUUCAAAACACCUGGGUCAUUAUUAAUACCUAAAAACAUUCGUUCUCAAAAAAAUGGUAUAAAUAAUGUCAACAAUUACGUUAACAAUUAUAAUGGCAAUAAUGUGAACGGGAAUAAUAACAAUAAUAAUGGUAAUAGUAAUAAUAAUAAUAAUAAUAAUAAUACUGAUAAUAAUAGUUUCUUGAAUAAUAAAGAUGGCAAUAUUAGUAAUGUUACUGGUGCCAGUAGUAAACAAAUAGAUGCCGGUAAAAAGUAUAUUUUAGGCGGUCAUAAUAGAAUGAUUAAUAAUAGCAGAGCUCAAUCUAUUCAUGUUGAUGAAUAUGAAAGGUUUUACUAA